CAAUAAUGAAACUAACCCAUUUAUAUUAAUCUUACAGAGAAAGUGGAUGCCAAGAAGAGCACACUGGACAACAGAGAAUGAGGAGCAGCAUUAUAGUGCAAAGUAAGCCAUUAUACAAAAUAUUUUCCAGUUCCACUGGAAAGUUUAAAAACUCAGCAGAUGAGAGACAAGGGAAAGAGUAACAAGUACAAAGUUUUGAGCUGGAAAAAAUAGAGCACACAGAACUGAAGAAAAACAUUAAAUGAGAAAUCAAGGAGGAUAUUUAAAUAAAGAAAAAGUGAGGAACAAGUUGAAGUCAGUAGGAAGAAAAAGGUUCCAUGUGUAGCCAAAAUUGGCAGGCAUUAAUAACAGCCUUUGAGGAAGGAAAGAGUGGCUUGAAUUAAAUAACCACCAGGCAAGAGAUCAGAAAUAUUUUUCUCUGCCUCAAGGAUCCAAACAUAACAGUGUUGGGAAAACCCCCGCAGAGUGCCUAAUGUGGGAAAAACACAGAUUGCAGAUCACAUCUGAUCAUACACAACAGGAUCCAUCCAGUGAAAAACCAUACAAAUGUUUGGAGUGUGGCAAAACCUUUUCUCGGAAAAGCUUCCUCAUGAUUCAUGGAAGAACGCAUACUGGAGAGAAGCCCUACCUUUGAAUGUCCUGUUUGUGGGAAAAGCUUCAGUCAAAAUUCCCACCUGGUGGAACACCAGACAACACACACAGGAGAGAAACCGUAUAAAUGUCCUGUGUGUGGGAAAAGUUUCAGUCUGAAUUCCAACCUGGUGAUACAUCAGAGAAUUCACACAGGAGAAAAACCGUAUCAGUGCCUGGAUUGUGGAAAAAGUUUCAGUCAGAGUUCCUACCUCGUGAAACACCAGAGGACGCACACAGGAGAAAAACCAUAUGAGUGCCUGGAUUGUGGGAAAAGUUUCAGGCAGAAUUCCGAAUUGGAAGUACACCACAGGACUCACACUGGAGAAAAACCAUAUGAGUGUCCGGAUUGUGGGAAAUGUUUCAGUCGGAAUUCCCAGCUGGUGGAACACCACAGGACACACACAGGAGAAAAACCAUAUGAGUGCCUGGAUUGUGGGAAAAGUUUCAGGCAGAAUUCCCAGCUGGUGGAACACCACAGGACACACACAGGAGAGAAACCGUACAAAUGUAGUGAUUGUGGAAAAGGUUUCAAGCAGAGUUCUAAGCUUGCAAUACAUCAGAGAAUUCACACAGGAGUAAAACCAUUUCAUUGUCCAGAUUGUGGGAAAAGUUUCAGUCAGAAUUCAAACUUGAUGAUACACCAGAGAACUCACACUGGAGAAAAACCAUAUCAAUGCCUGGAUUGUGGGAAAAGUUUCCAGCAGAAUUCUAAGCUUUUGAUACACCAGAGGACUCACACUGGAGAGAAACCAUAUGAGUGUGCAGAUUGUGGGAAAAGGUUCAGUCAAAAUUCGAACCUGUUGAUGCACCGGAGGACUCACACAGGUGAGAAACCAUAUGAGUGUCCGGAUUAUGGGAAAAGUUUCCAGCAGAAUUCGAAGCUGGUGAUACACCAGAUCAGAGGACUCUCACAGGAGAGAAAUUUUAUGAAUGUCCCCAGUGGGAAAUAUUUCAGCUAUAAGUGCAGCCUUAUAAAGCAUAUAAGGUUACACAUAGGGGAGUAAUCAUUCAAACGCCUAGAUCGCAGACAGUUUUCAUACAAUGUUCACACAACUUUUUAAGACAAGCUUUUCCAUUGGUUGAUUUUGCUGACUGUCUUAAAAUUCUCCUUAUUUCUAGUUGGAAUCUUUCUUUGCAUAGUCUGCACCUAUAGUUUAUUCUGUGGCCUUCGGGUCUUUGGAAAAUUGUUUUUCCCCCCUUUCUUUUAUGACAGCCUGUCAAAUAUUGGAUGACUGCUAUCACGUCAGACCUGGUUCUUGUCUUCACUAGACUAGCCAUGCCGAAUUCUUGUAACCACUCUUCUUAU